GGAGGAGAGGAGGGUUGCAGCUUUUAGAACCACAGACACAGAGAAGAGGCUUCAUUCCCAGCUCCAAAAAUCCAGCCUCACGCACCCUAUUGCGCCAAGAAAGCCAGAAGCCGGCGUGUAAGCCUUUCUUCGCCCGUGAAUCGAGCCCACCAGGACUGAGGACAUAUCGGGGGGCCCUGUACGGAGAGAUUCCUGCGAGACAAAUAAGAAAAAAAAUUAAAAAAUAAAAAAAAUAAAGGAACCGGGUUCGGUCGCUGGCAUGCUGUGAGAAUUACCUCCAGCCUUGAGAAGCGCUCCUUCCGUCAUGCAGUGCACCUGCAAGAAGACAUCCAGUUGACGGACCGGACUGCUGAAAAAAAAGAGAGGGAGCGAGAGAGAGAGAAGAGGGGGAACUUUAAGGGGAAGAAGUUGCCAUCGGAUCGGGGCUGGAGGGGGGUCCAAAUUAUAAGUCCCUCCAUCGGUUAGAAUCACAUUUUUUCUCCACAAUUCCCCCCCUCGAUAGGAAGGCGAAACGGCGACUUCAGUUGAUUAUCUGUCUUUCCUUUGCUAUCCAAUGGAUAUUCACUGCAAAGCAGACCCCUUCACGGCGAUGCACCUUGUAUCCCACGUAGGGCACGGAGGUGUGAACCAGCUCGGCGGGGUGUUUGUGAACGGCAGACCCCUCCCGGACGUGGUGAGGCAGCGGAUAGUGGAGCUGGCCCACCAGGGCGUCCGGCCCUGCGACAUCUCCAGACAGCUGCGGGUGAGCCACGGCUGCGUCAGCAAGAUCCUCGGCAGAUACUACGAGACUGGCAGUAUCAAGCCUGGAGUCAUUGGUGGGUCCAAACCCAAAGUGGCCACUCCGAAAGUAGUGGAAAAAAUAGCAGACUACAAGAGACAAAAUCCCACCAUGUUUGCCUGGGAGAUCAGAGACAGACUGCUGGCAGAGGGCAUCUGCGACAACGACACUGUUCCCAGCGUCUCAUCCAUUAAUAGGAUCAUCAGAACAAAGGUCCAGCAGCCUUUCCAUCCAUCUCCUGAUGGAUCAUCGCUUUCAACGCCCGGUCAUACAAUAGUACCAAACACAGCUUCCCCACCUGUAACCAGCGCCUCCAACGACCCUGCGGGAUCCUACUCCAUUAACGGGAUUUUGGGUAUUCCUCGAUCCAACGGAGAGAAGAGAAAAAGAGAUGACGAUGGUUCAGAUGGUUCUGGCCCAAACAGUGAUUCUCAGGGUAGCGUGGAGAGUUUACGGAAGCACCUAAGGGCAGACGCCUUCACCCAGCAGCAGCUGGAAGCUUUGGACCGGGUCUUUGAGCGCCCCUCGUACCCCGACGUCUUCCCCACCUCGGAUCAUGUCAAACCGGAACAGGCUAAUGAGUACUCGCUCCCUGUCCUGAAUUCCAGCCUGGACGAAGUCAAGCCCAGUUUAUCCUCUAGCGCCAACCCAGACCUGGGCCCCAGUGUGUCGCAAAGCUACCCUGUAGGCCGGGAUAUGGCAAACACGACCUUACCCGGGUAUCCCCCUCACGUUCCCCCAACAGGCCAAGGCAGCUACCCAACCUCAACACUCGCUGGAAUGGUUCCUGGGAGUGAGUUUUCGGGGAACCCCUACAGUCAUCCACAGUACACAACCUACAAUGAAGCCUGGCGAUUCAGCAAUCCAGCAUUACUAAGUUCCCCUUAUUAUUAUAGUGCCGCAUCGAGAGGCUCCGCCCCUCCCACUGCUGCCACUGCCUAUGACCGUCACUAGUUACCAUGGAAACCAAAUCAACCUGCAGGACCACGGCCUCAGCCUCCAUAUUGCCCAGGUGUGAAGAACGCGGUCGACUGGACACUGAGCAAAAAGCGCAUAAAAUGUCCCCGACUAACAAAAAAAUAAUAAUAAAAAAAAAAAAAUAGAGGAGAAAAUUCAUGGAUUCAAGACAACCACCAUCUUCUCUCAUCACAGUUUUUCUUUGAAUGUUUUCUUUUUUUUUUUUUUUUUGGACACCCAAAGCCAAAAAAAAAAGAAAAACGAAAAACACAAUUAUGGAACAGUGAAAGUUUGAACCCUUGGCUAAUUGCAAUGGUUUUAAAAAAAACAGGACUCCAGUCAAAAACAUUCUGAAUUUAUUUUCCCCACCUGUGGUGCCACUCUUUUAUCCAUAACAGAUCAAUACUGUACAUUCCUUUCCUCAAUGGGUCCCAGCAGGGAUACUGUCCACAGCUUGAAAUGUAUCAGCAGGAUUUUUUUUCUCUCCUUUUUUUUCCCCUUUUGCCAUUUGUCUCCCACUCGAAUCAAAUCGCAAUGCACAGAGAUCAAGGGAGAUGAGCAGCAACCCGUGCAGGCUGUGGCGGUUGUUUUUCAGUCCAUCUGAGCAGGCACUGACCAAACAUCCAGCAUGAGUGGAAGAAAAAAAAUAAAAAAUCAAUCGCUUUUGAUGCCGUGAGAAGAUUAGGACAUGUUUUCUGUGAGACACAAUCAAGAUGUAAAAAUGAAAAAUGAAAUAAACACCUGUUUGAAAAAUAGCGGGAACCAUGUUAUUAUAGCACCAUGGCUCACUAUUUGCAAGGUUUCCAGUUAAAAUAAUUUUUUAAUUUCAUUUUUUUAUAAUUUGUAAAGACUAAUUUGCAGACUGCUUGGCUAAUGUUUGACUUGUUCUCUAUUUGUCAGGAAGGUAAUCAGGCAAAACCUUUGAGUGUUUAUUUUUGUGUUAAGUUUGCACUAUUUUGGAGGUUUGCAACACUGGACUGUGGUUAUGCAGAAAAACUAAAUGUGCAUAUUUGUUUUAUGUAAAAAAGAAAAACUGACUGUAAGCCUUAUGCGUCUCAGUCUGUAAAGGCACUUACAGUUUUACAAAGCCCAUCAUCUCACUGACUUGAUGUGCACUAUACUACUUUAUGUUCCCACUGCUUAUGUUUAAGUUCAUUAAGUCUUUGGCAUUCAACUGCAGAAGUAAGGAUAUAACAGCCAUUCCAAAUCUAAUUUGUCUGGAUUCACUCUGAUUGGAUGAUUCUGACAUCGAAAAGCAGGGUGACAAUUUCAACUAUAAAUGCCUUAAACAUGUGCCCUCCUAACUUUAACUCCCGCAUGUUUCAGGACAAGUAAAAAAAAAUUAUUAUUUUUUUUUUCAGCAAAGCUGGAAUCAUUUGUUUUUUCUUCAUCUGUCAAGUGAAUGUAUUUGCGUUUGCCAAAGACUUAGUUAUUUUUAAUGUUAAUUUACAGGCCUCCGAUAUGCAUCAUGAGAGCAGUAUUAUUGUUAUUAUUAUUGUUACUAUUAUAAUUAUUGUUAUUAGAAAAGCCCACAAUGUUCACAAGGAAAAUUAUAUGUAUAAAUUCUAUGCAGUGCAAAGAUGGUCAUCAUAUGCAUAUUCAGCUGUAAACCUAAAGGUAGGUGGAGUUUAUUUAAUGUUAUGUUAUUUACAAUUUGUUCAUUUUGUAGAAGCAUUUUGUGUGUGCGUAUGCGUGUGUGUGCGUGCAUGGGGACGAGGGGAUGCGUGCGUGCGUGUGUGUAUGUGUGUGCGAUAUGAAGACACUUCUCUGUAUAUACAGUAAGGAAAAACUGUCUUUCAUGUUCAUGGGUAUUAUCACUUUCAUUA